CGUCCAACAAACGACACACAGUUCACAUCCAGCAAACGAUCAGCAUUAAGUUUCUUACCAAACUUCUCAACAAAACAAUCUCAACAUGUUCGCCAAAGUGAUCAUCUUCGUGGCCAUCGCCGUUGCCUGUGCCUCCGGUAAGCCGCUGACGGCAGCUGUCGUUGCCGCUCCGGGCGUGGUAACUGCCCAGAGCUCGCAGGUCAUUGCCAGAAACUACAAUGGUUUAGCCGCUGCAUACACCGCACCGGCUGUUGUCUCGGCCGCUUAUACUGCUCCGGUGGCUGCUGCAUAUACUGCCCCGGUUGCCGCAUCCUAUAGCGCUCCAGUUGCCGCUGCUUAUACCGCCUACAGCUCGCCAGUCGCUGCUGCCUAUACUACGGCUCCAGUGGCCGCUGCAUACAGUGCUCCCUUUGCGACUGCGUACACCGCUGCGCCAUACGCUUCGUACUAUCCUUAUGUGCUGUAAGACAACAGGACUACACGCCAUAACGCAAAACCCGAUCGUUUGUUGUAAAUAAUUACCAUCGAACCAUUAAGCAUAUCAACCAGGUUGUAGUUCUCCCUGACCGGGAUUUUUUCUCUGUUCAAUUGGAAAGAAAGUACGUCAUCCAACUGCCACCACAUCGUGUUCUUUGAUGUCACAAGCUUGUCUUCUAGAAUCUUUUUCUUUCCAUUGACCCGUGUCCUAGUGACAUUCAAAUAAUGCUUUGAAGUGUCUGCCCUUCGAGAACUCGCAACCUUUUCGUAAGCCAUUAGCAAAAAAAAGGGGACAAGAUUUACGUUUGUUCUUCAUCAUUCGUUCAAGAAGAAUCCCGGAAAGUGUAUUCAAUGAAAUUGUGACCGGAAGUUGUAAAGCCCCUUUAAGUAUCUCGGAGUAACAAUUGGACGAUGCAAUAAAGUAGUCAGCAAAUGGCUCAGUUUCAUUUGGAAUGGUAA